AUGGCAUCACGGCAGGCCUCAAAGAGGGCAUCACGGCAGGAAUCGCCGCCGACGUCACCGCCAGCACCACCGGCGGUACCACGGCCGCCACCACCGCAGGCACCACUACCCGCUCCGGUACCGGCAGCAGGACCCGGUGGAGCGCAGACGCCGCAGCCCACGGUGUUCGCGCCGAUAGCCGGAAUGCCUAUGGCCGGACCUAUGGCCGAACCUGUGGCCAGAACGCCUAUGGCCGGACACAUGGCCGGACCCACGGCCGGACCCACGGCCGGACCCACGGCCGAACCUACGGCCGCACCUACGGCCGCACCUACGGCCGCACCUACGGCCGGGCAUACGGCCGGACAUACGGCCGAACCUAAGGCCGAACCUAUGGCCGGACCCAUGGCCGGACCUACGGCCGGACCUACGGCCGGACCUAUGGCCGGACCUAUGGCCGGACCUAUGGCCGGACCUAUGGCCGGACCCAUCGCCAGACCUAUGGCUGGAAUGCCUAUGGCCGGACCUAUGGCUGGAAUGCCUAUGGCCGGACCUAUGGCUGGAAUGCCUAUGGCCGGACCUAUGACUGGAAUGUCUAUGGCCGGACCUAUGGCCGGACCUAUGGCCGGACCCAUGGCCGGAACUAUGGUCGGACCUACGGCCGGACCUGCGGCCGUACCUAUGGCCGGUAUGUCUAUGGCCGGACCUAUGGCUGGAAUGCCUAUGGCCGGACCUAUGGCCGGAAUGCCUAUGGCCGGACCCAUGGCCGGAACUAUGGCCGGACCUACGGCCGGACCUAUGGCCGGACCUAUGGCCGGACCUAUGGCCGGAAUGCCUAUGGCCGGAAUGCCUAUGGCCGGACCUAUGGCCGGAAUGCCUAUGGCCGGAAUGCCUAUGGCCGGUCCCAUGGCCGGACCUAUGGCCGGAAUGCCUAUGGCCGGACCUACGGCCGGAUGGGCUAUGGGCGGACCUAUUGCCGGACCCAUGACAGGACCCAUGGCCGGACCCAUGGCCGGACCUACGGCCGGACCCAUGGCCGGUCCCAUGGCCGGACCUACGGCCGGUCCCAUGGCCGGACCUAUGGCCAGAAUGGAUAUGGCCAGAAUGGAUAUGGCCGGAAUGCCGGUGGUUGGCGGUCAUAUGAAUGCGUGGCGCGGACCCUACGUACAAAUGCCGAUGCCGGGAUUGGCGCCGUCGGAAGUCCCGGAGUACCGGGGCUGCCCCGCGGGCCUGGAAUAUCUGAAGAAGAUCGACCAACUGCUUGUCCACCAGCAGGAGGAGUCGGAGGAAAGUUUCCUGCCGUUGGAGAUGGGGAAAGAAUACGUCGUGAAGAACAGCAUGAGCCAGUUCGUCUUCAUGGCGAUAGAGCACAGCAACGUCAUCAGUCGCCAAUUCAGCCGCAUCCGGCCCUUCGUGAUGUCGCUGGUCGACUACCGCAAAGUCGUAGUGUUGCGGCUUCAGCGGCCACUUCGCUACGACUGCACCCUCUGUUUUUGCUGCCUCCAGGUUUUCCCCGAACAUCUUUGCAAAAUUCUCUGA